AUGAUUAGGUCUACACUAAGUAGUUGGAGAGAAUAUCUUACUCCCAUAAUGCAUAAGUCUACUUUUUUAACCACCGGGCAAAUAACUCCUGAAGAAUUUGUACAAGCAGGUGAUUAUUUAUGUCAUAUGUUUCCCACCUGGAAGUGGAAUGAAGAGUCGUCAGAUAUUAGUUACAGAGAUUUUUUACCGAAGAAUAAGCAGUUUCUGAUUAUUAGGAAAGUUCCCUGUGAUAAACGUGCUGAGCAAUGUGUCGAAGUUGAAGGACCAGACGUAGUCAUGAAAGGUUUUGCAGAAGAUGGAGAUGAAGACGACGUUCUGGAAUAUAUAGGGUCUGAGACUGAACAUGUGCAAAGUACGCGCGAGGGGGGAACCAAGGAUUCGCCUAUCGAUGAUAUUGAUGAGCUAAUACAGGAUAUGGAAAUUAGAGAUGAGGAUGAAAAUGACAAUACAGAAGAAUUUAAUGCUAAAGGCAGCUUAACCAAAGACAUGGCACAGGAAAGGUACUAUGACCUUUAUAUUGCGUACUCGACAUCUUAUAGGGUCCCUAAGAUGUAUAUAGUGGGUUUUAAUGCUAAUGGUUCGCCACUGAGCCCUGAGCAGAUGUUUGAGGAUAUAUCAGCAGAUUAUAGAACAAAGACAGCCACCAUUGAAAAACUACCCUUUUAUAAAAAUUCAGUAUUAUCUGUCUCCAUUCAUCCAUGUAAGCAUGCUAACGUAAUGAAAAUAUUGCUUGAUAAAGUUCGUGUGGUCAGACAACGAAGAAGGAAAGAGCAGCAAGAAGAACAAGAAUGGGACGGUGUUGGAGAUUGGGAGGAUUUACAAGACGAUAUCGAUGAUUCGUUGCGUGUGGAUCAAUACUUGAUUGUCUUCUUAAAGUUUAUUACCAGUGUUACACCGAGUAUUCAACACGACUAUACCAUGGAAGGUUGGUAA